AUGCGACCGUUGCUUUUAAUUCAGAUAAUCGUAAUCGUGCUGACUUGUUUCUCUUUGACUUUAGAACAUGUGAUUGAAACCGAUUAUCAUGCACCACCCGUUGGUGAUGUUGGUUAUGGCCGCGGUGGCAUUGUUGCAGAAAGUGAUCGUGAUACAUUUGACUCAUGGGAAGAUGCAACUGGUGGUCAUUCAAUGAGUGCUAUGUUUGCGGAAGGUGGUCUAAAAACUGAUUAUGAGUUAAGUAAUAUUAAUUCAGUUAGCAUGACGCCAAAUGGAAAAUACGCUGUUGUUGGACAAAAUCAAGGACCACCGCAAAUAUGGGAUGCAGUUAAUGAACAACUUGUUUCAAGUAUGCAAGGACCUAGUAAACAUUGCGGUAAAGUUGCAUUGGCAUGUAGCUGCACACUUCUCGUUGGCUUAGCAAAUGAUGGCGCUGAUACUCAAUCGUGUGUACUUCAAAUUUGGGAUGUCAAUACUGGUAAACUUGUACAAUUAACUCAUCAGAUCAGAUGUGCAACAUUCACAUUAAGUAAUAAUUCAAGUAAUCUCAUUAUGGCUGGUAAUCAAACGCACGGACGUGGUAUAUCAGUUGGCAUUCUUGAUUUAAAUAAUUCUGGAUUAACACAAAUCAAAUCUGAUACAAAUCAAUCCUAUGGUGGUACACCGUCAUUUAUAACCUUGACGCCUGAUGAACGCUAUGCCAUUGUCGGUUGUCCAUCGGGACCUGCAUCAACAAAUUAUGUUGUAUUCGAUUUAAAAACGCAACAAGAAUCAGUACAACCAUCUACUAUAGCCUUAGAUUCUGAACCGAAAUGUUCAAUCGUUUUAAAUAAUGAUCAAAUAAUUACUGGUACCAAAUCCGGGCAAUUAGUUCUUUGGGAUAUACCGACAUGUCAAUGUUUGCAUACAUAA